AUGGAUGAUCAUCUUGUAAUUAUCAAGUUGAAUUCAUCUCCAUGUGCUGGACACACACCUGUACUUUUGACAUUAAUGAUGAUGGUUGUUUUAUACCUUGUACUGAUUGCUAUGAUAUUUAUUACAUGCGUGCAUGGAUUAGACUCAUCCCCACAUCCACUUCUGCUGCCAGUUGCUUCUGCCUCACCGCAGGAUGAUGAUGAUUCGUUAGAUACAGAUGGAUUCCAAGAGCAAUUUCUAUUAGAAACGCCUCCACCACAAGCUGAUUAUUCCCACAGUAGGACCAGGGAGGAGACAGUUGCGACCAAGACGACUGUAUGUACCCAUCAGAGAACGUCAUCUGGUGUGACUGUUGAGCAGUUGGAAGGGAGGAAAGAGCUUGCCUCUGCUGAGGAGAGCGAAUUGGAUGAUGAUGAAUUGACAGAGACAGUGUCCAGUCACAGUGAAGUCACCACAGAUCUUGAAGAUGCAAGUGACACACGCACUAGCGUUGAUCUAAGUGACACUGAACUUAGAAUGAGGCCUGAUCGAUUGACAAUUUACAAUACAGUUAGGUCUCCCGAAGAGGAGAAGGGAGCAAAGGAUUCUAAACGAGCAGAGAAUAUAAAGUUUCAAAGGGAAUAUACGGACAGAAGAAUAUCUUUUCAUCCUGUUGAGAGAUUAUCUGGAGGCGUAGGUACAGGAAAGGAAUUACCUAGAAAAGAGAGACGAGAGAAUGUUGAGGCGACUUGUGAAGGUGAUGUGGAAUCACGGGAAAAGGACUUCAAGAAGCAGGCAAGUUUCAAAACUGAUGAAACUGAUGGCAUGUCGCGUGGUGUUGGGGAAGACGGCAAGCACAUAGAUCGCGGCACAAGUCCCCUGGAAGGAAAAGCUCUUUCUAGUCCUAACCCGAAUUCAUCUCCUCCGGAACCGUCCCCUAUUUCCGCUGCCGGUAAACGGACAAAGCAGCCACCACCUACGUUGGAGCUUGUUAUAGGGCGAAAAGAGGUUCACACAAAGGAGGCUAGCGCAACAGCUGAAAGCCGUCUAACGCUGUAUGGAGCGAGGGAUAUAGAAAUAUCUAUCCGCUCACAGUCCCACAUCAGUGUAACUACAACGCGCAAGGAAGCAAGUGGACAAGAGACCUCGGAGCGCGUGGACGUCGGGAUGACAGCUACUGCUGGGACCGGUAGCACCACUAGAUUCCCUCAUGCAGAGCUGAGUCCCGAAGCAUCAGAACGCCGGAACAUGUACAUCAUCCCUCCUCCACCUACAGAACAAGACCAGCCACAACAAACAGAACUGAGUAAGGAACGGAAGCGAGAGGAGACAGUGAUAUUCAGCGGUAAGAAAAGCGUGUAUCGCUACGAGUCGCUGGAAGCGGCCAGCACACCUGCAUUUGAAAGUCCUACUACAGAGGAAAGCGCAUCACACCAUAUCACAGACACAGGCAUUAGUUUAACGCGAGGAACAACUGAUACAAUUACGAGUCCCGUUCAGAGACCUCCAGACGAGAUUUUUAUUGACGAUCGUGGCGUUCUGUCUGACACUGCUGUUGACAUGGGUGCAGAGGAGGCAGAACUCACCGAUGCUGGUUUGAGUCCAAUCCAAGCAGAUGACAUAGGAAUUGGACUACCUAGCACUGAAGUAAUGUUUUUGGAGGAAGAGAUUGUAUUGACUCAUUACUGUGAUACGGCAAGUAGUCCCGUUCUGUUUCAGCAAAUGGACACUACGUCAGUGGCACUCUCCCCGCUGCAAAUUGAGACAUCAGAAGUAAGUGUCUCAACAGAGAAGGUAGAUACUUGUGAAGCUAGCGUCAGUCCUCUCUGCCCUGAAGGUGAGAGUACACUGAAACAAGAACGGGCUGAUGAUGAAGUCAUCAGAGCGCGGCGGGAUUCGGGGGAUGUAAGAGCACUAAUAAGACUUCUAGAGGAAGGGGCAUUGCAGAGGACGCAACAUGUCCUUGCCAAGGAUACGAAGAAAUAUAAGGACGAUAUUACUCAUAUCCGAACAGUUGAGCCGCAAGAAGGGAUAGAACCGCUGGUCAUAAAAGAAGACAAGACAGAUACGGCUCAUGAACGACCAACAGAAACAAACGAAUCAAACGAAGAAAUAAAACAGGAAGUUAAAACACACAAACCGACAUCUGUACCGACAACACCAAAACACAUUGGGCCUAAGAUAAAGGAACUUCAAAGAAUUUUCACACACUCAAGCGAACAGGACUUUGAAGAUAACGCAGAUAAGAAAAUUACAUCGCCUAAAUAUAAAGUAGCAUUUGGGGAACCUCAGUUUGAUGAAGAAGGUGUACAAAUUAACAGUAGAGUUUUGGCAGAAGUUGGAAAAGACGCCUACCCGCACAUGUCUCAAGUCAUAGAAACCAUAGAGAAAAGAAUUGCGACGGAAGGACAAGAGAGGCAUAUGUCACCUAAGUAUGUUAUCACAGACGUAGAAAUAGAGGAGAAAGCAAAGCCAUCCCUGGUGGAGGAACGCCUCACACAGUUAGUAAAGGCCGAGGAACAAGUCCUAAAAAAGAUUGAAGAAGUCAUUACAUUUGUUGAAGAAUCCUCAAACAGGAAAGAAUUCCUUUCGUACUUAGAACAAACAGAAGAAACGGCCGUAGAGGAAAUGCAAACAAAAAAACUGAAAAAUGUAUCUCCAUUGCCAGAAGACAAUAGCUGUGGGAGAGAAAAUAUUAAAGCCUGUUCCACAGACUCUCAGAUACAAGAAGACAAAGAGAAACAGACAAAUCUAGAAGAGCACAUUCAAAUAGAAAAUGAAGAGAAAAUGGAACGAGCUGACGAAGAAAAUGAGGUACAGGUAGUGAAAAAACUCUCGGCAAACCAUGAAUCAGAAAUCGAUGCAGAUACUGUAAAACGUACUACAGUUGAAGAUCUGACCAUUAUAGUCGAAGCACGUAAAUUUAUUGUGGAGAAGGAGGAAGAUGUAAAGGAGACUGAUGAGAAAUUAGUUUCGAGAGAGGAAAUCGUACGUGCUAGGGAACCAGAAAUUUUCGGUAAACAUAUCCAGGAACCACAGGUAACCGAGGAAUUAAAUGGAACACUGGGAAAAGAAAGAGUCGCAGAGGAAUUGGAUAGAGUAGAGAAGGGGAAAAUUGAUGAAGUAGCGACUGGAGAAACUAAAGCAGGUAGAUUGUCACCAACAUUGCCUGAAGGUGAAAGGGAAGGUAAUGUAGAGCGAUUGGCAGCAGAACCAGCAACGGAUACCAAAGAAUUUCUGGAAUCUCAAACUAAAGAUGGCUUAGAUAUAGAAUCACCUACACAGGAAGUUUCCGAGAAAUCAUAUGCGGACAGAGAACUUCCUAGUCCGGUAGACGAGAAGGAACUGGAGGAAAAGGUAGAGACGCAUAAAGCAAAAGUAAUCGAAUCUCCGAAAACAGAAAUUGAUUCUGAAUUUAAAUCAGAUAAGGAAACACGUGUUGACAAGUCCCCCAUGGCUGAAGAUCAUCCUGAACUGGCAACUAAAGAUGAGAAAGAAGUGAAAGCAAUGAUGGAAGACGGAGUUAAAGGGAUUAGUGAAUACGGAUACGAAACGACCGAACGUGAAGCGGAAAGUGUUCACAUUGAGACAUUUGAUCCAUCUUCUGUAACCGAACCUAAGGAAGAUGGUUUUGAAAUUACGAAAACGGUUGCGAUGCAGAAGGAGAUUAUGGAAAGGAAGGAUAUUAUUGAAAUUUCCGUGACGAAGGAAGUAACAGAACCCCCUGAGGGGUAUGUUGUAGAUGAAAUGAGUGUAACAUCGCCUGUUGAUAAGAAAUCUGAAGCAGUUGAUUUCGUCGUAAGUGAGGAAUCUGGUGAUGAAGNUCCGCAAAGCGUGAAUCAGAAAUCAGUGCAGUUACUGUGA